GCGGGUGCUCGGAAAGUGACCAAACUUUGUCGUCUCUUCGGUAGUGCCUCAGUUGGCGCCGACACAGUUCGACAAAUUCGUGAAGCACAGGCUUCGCUAUUUGAUCGGCUCGACUGGACAGGUAACGCAAUCAGUCAAGCACUUACCGCCGGAACUCCUCCAACUGAAUCCCCCAUCGUUACGAACACGAAUGGGGCUAUUCGAUUGACCCAAGCUCAACCUUACGUUGAUAGGGGCGAGAGUCGUGCGUCGGCGAUGACGCCUGCUAAAGAACAUGACAUUUUGGAUUCAAACAGUAUGGAUUCAUCCGUUGGCAGGAACAACUCCAGUGUGAUUGAUUCUGACGUCGAAGGAGAACGAGAUGUUACAUCUCCCUCCGGACUCAGUUCUUUGAAUAAUGAUGACGAGAUACGUUCCGCGCCUGGAGAAGAGGAAGACACUGGCUUUGGAAGUAGUAAUUCUGGAGUUUCAACAAAGUGCGCUCAACAAAGAGUUGAAAGUGUUUUCUAUUGCCGCUUCCUGGUCGGUCUUACGAAACUAAUCAUUGAGGAGUUCGUUAAUAAUCGCGAAUUGCUAAUUAACUGGGAGACGGGAACACAGUUGGUGAAUCUAGUGAAAGCCUUGCGCAAAUGGAUGCAUAACGCGGGUGUUCAGCACUACAAUGACGCCCUUCAACUACUCAACGACUUCGCCCUCCUAAUGGCCACCCCCCGGCAGGAACUCGCUUCGAAAGGCUCUUGGGAAACCUUCCCUCCUCCAAAGUCUGAUGUUGUGGUGUAA